AUGGAAUAUGAAGACGCUGCUACCAGUGCUUUGGCCUUGCUCGAGCACAAUAUCGACAUGCUCAAGGUUUCCUCCUCGCCUCCGGCAACUCAGCCACCGACCGCAUCUUUCGGGAACGAAGCGUCUGCUUCUACGACGAACAGGACACGUUCACAGCGUGAGUUUGGUGCUAGGUUACCCAAGUUAGAACUUGUACGUUUGGAGGGAACGAUCACCCGAUGGCAGCUGUUCUGGGAUAUGUUUCUUCAUUCUGUUCACGAGAACCCGCGGCUGUCCGACAUGGAUCACUUCAAUUACCUUAUUUCGCUACUUGACGGAGCUGCUGCUCAAGCGGUCGCCGGAAACCAAGUGACGGAAUCAAGCUACAGCGAUGCACGUGGAAUAUUGAACCAGCUCUACGACAACCACAAGUUGAUCGAGCAGAAGCUCUUGCAAAACCUACCAAUGCUCUGA